UCAUGUUGUUAUUUUACAGGUUCACACCUGCUUCGAAGGUGGCUUUGACACAGUGAAAUCGAUCCUGCAAUUUAUUUCAAUGUAUAGAUCUCUAAGCACUAUACAGCACCAAUAUAGCAUACGUAGACCCAGUGAUACUUGAUUUAUGAAUAUUCGGUACAACGAGAAUGAUCGAAACGUAUUAAAGCAGUGACCUUUUUAAGCAAGUAGACGACGGAUAUUUGUGUUGCUUCGUUUUCGAAAGCAUUGGCUGCAAAUUAAGUGUUCAACUUACUGGAAAUGAGAUUUUAUCAAACUCUCCAAAUAUGUGGCGUUUUGCUGAUCAUACUACAACCGAAAAAAACCAAGUCAUCAGGCUUCGGAAAGUGUCCCAACUAUCCAACAAUGCCAAAAUUCAACAUGACAAGGUUUCUAGGUAAAUGGUUUGAAGUGGAAAGAUCGUUUUAUCUUCCGGAAAUAGCUUCUGGCUGUACAACCCUUACAUUUGAAGACACCACCAUCCGUGAUGCUGAUAGUCGACCUCAAUUGGAAAUUGCUAUUAAAACAGUCAACAGAUGGACUGGAAACCCCUCAGUAAGCAUCGGGGAAGCCAUCACGGAAAAUGAAAAAUCAUCAAUUAUGACUGUACAGAUGAAAUCAACGUUACCAAGUGCUGUUGCCAGAUUUUUACCCGGGUCUGGGAAAUAUCAGGUCCUAUAUACGAAUUAUGACGACUUUGCAAUAUUGUGGUCAUGUUCCAGUUUUGUAGCUGUGCAUGCAGAUCAAAUAUGGCUACUAGGACGCGAACGAGAUUAUUCAGCAGAUGUUAGGAAGAAGAUCUACAGUGCUCUGAAGCAACUAAGUCUUGACCCAGAAAGGUUAUUUAUUUCCAAAAACACAAAUUGUCCAAAUACAUUGUAAAGACUGCUCAUAUACGUACAGAAUGUUAGAAUAUAACCGAUUGCUAAAUUUUAAAAACGCAGGACUCAUUGUUUUUACGUUAUUAAGUCAAUGUGAAAAAUAAAUCCUAUUCAAGCGUUACGACUGUACAA